CUGCAAAUUAAAAAUAUAUGUAUUGAUAUUUUUAAAAAUAUAUUUUAAAAAGGUGUAACGUGUUUACACACAUUUGGGAUUUUGGGAAAAUGCAAACGAUUGUAAAGGCGUUCAGGGUGCCAGCAGGAAAUUAACCCCUCCGUGAACGGGGCCCCAGGCUCCGUCAGUCACUGCCGGCUUCCGCCAUUCCCGAGCGACGGUAGGAUGGCUUCCAUGCACCUGAACCGCUUCUGGGAGUGGGGGAGAAAGAUCGUCUGUGUGGGGAGGAACUACGCUGAUCACGCCAAAGAGCUGAAGAAUCCGGUGCCCACUGGUGAGCCGCUGCUUUUCGUCAAACCGCCUAGUGCCUAUGUGAGGGAGGGCUCGCCACUUCGUCUUCCCUACUAUUGUCAUAAUCUUCACCACGAAGUUGAACUAGGGGUGGUGCUGGCCAAGGGGGGCAGAGAGAUCCCGCAAGCAGAUGCCAUGGACUACGUGGGGGGCUAUGCCCUGUGCCUGGACAUGACGGCCAGGGAUGUUCAGGACGAGUGCAAGAGGAAGGGCCAUCCCUGGACACUAGCCAAAGCUUUUGACUGUUCUUGUCCCGUCAGCGAUUUCAUUCCCAAGGAAAAAGUCCCCGAGCCGCAUCACCUGACACUCUGGCUAAAGGUUAACGGCCAGCUGAGGCAGCAAGGGCACACUUCGCAGAUGAUAUUCCCCAUUCCCUUUCUCAUUCAUUACAUCAGCGGGAUUAUUACGAUGGAAAAGGGCGAUCUUAUUCUCACCGGCACACCUGCAGGAGUCUCUGCCGUGAAGGAACACGAUGAAUUGCAAGCUGGGAUUGACGACCUUAUUACCAUGAAGUUCAAAGUGGAAAGGCGUUAAUUUUACAUCAAGUACAUUUACGUGAACGUGUCAUGAGCAGGCCAGAAACACACUGCAUUUUUGAGUACAAUAUUGCAGCGUGCAAAAGCGUCUGCUGCAUACUGAAUAAAAUACAAUAGCAGCCCCAUUGGCUGAACUUAAAUUUUAUACUCUAACCAACUGAAUCAGCAAUUGAUCCAAAUAAUUGUAGCAUUUGAAACUGUCCAAAACUAAAAUAAAUGGUUCAGUGUCAGUAUUUUGAUGAAUACUAAUCUGGCACAACUUCAUGUCUACCAGAUACGUUAUUUACUAAAUUUUGGCCUAGAAAUUCUGUGCAAUGAGCGUUGUAAUGACCAUUUUGGACGUUGCAGCAAUUACUGCAUGAAUGUCCUGCCCAGUCUGAGUGGGGCUCGUAGGGGUGAAAGAGCAGACAGUUAUGAGUGAGGAGUGGAAUCAGUUUUAGAGCAAGGUCUCUUCGAGAGACAUGGGGUAACCUAACUAAGAUUGUGUAUAAGGCAACGGAUUUGCUGAUUUUGACUAUCAGGUGUGUAUGCAAAAUCGGCAUCUCUAACAUUGGUUUUGUCUAAUUAGAGAUUAGAGCCUAAACUAAAGGCUUGGCUAAAUUUUAUCUCUUCAUUUAGGAAAUAUAGAAAUUACAGCUGAAUCAAAAUCAGGUUUAAUAUCACUGGCAUAUGUCGUGAAAUUUGUUAACUUAGCAGCAGCAAUACAAUUCAAUACAUGAUAAUACGGGAAAAAAUAAGUAAAUCAAUUACAGCAAGCAUAUGUAUAUUAAAUUAAAAAUAGUUCAAAUACAGAUAUAAUUAAAAAAGAGGUCAUGUUCAUCGGUUCAAUAUCCAAUGGCAGAGUGGAAGAAGCUGUUUCUGAAUUGCUGAGUAUGUGUCUUCAGGCUUUUGUACCUCCUUCCUUACAGUAACAAUGAGAAAAGGGCAUGUCCUGGGUGAUGGCUUUAUUAAUGGACACCGCCUUUCUGAGGCACCACUCCUUAAAGAUGUCUUGACAUCCAGGAGCUUGAAAUUGCACAGUAUGAUCCCACUAUGAGGAUUGGUUCAUGUUCCCUUAUCCUACCCUUUCUAAAGCCUCACUUCUUUGGAUUUACUGACAUUGAGUGCAAGGUUGUUGCUGUGACACCACUCAACUAGUUGGUAUAUCUCGCUCCUGUACGCCCUGUCGCCUCCAUCUGAGAUUCCGCUAACGAUGGAUGUAUCAUCAGCACAUUUAUAGAUGGCAUUUGAGCUGUGCCUAGUCACACAGUCAUGGGUAUAGACAGAGUAGAGCAGUGGGCUAAGCACAAAUUCCUGAGGAGUGCCAGUGAUGAUUGUUGGUAAGGAGGAGCUACUAUUACCAAUCCGGACAGAUUGUGGUCUUCCACUUAGGAAGUUAAGGAUGCAAUUGCAGAGGUGGGUACAGAGACCCGGGUUCUGUAGCUUUUUGAUCAGGACAGUAGGAAUGAUGAUGUUAAACAUUGAGCUGAAAUUUCUACAUUUCUUAGAUAUAGAGAUAAAAACAGUUAAAGCCUUCACUGCUAAAAGUCUUAAUGCUAUUCUCCAUGAUAUUUAUAACUGGUUCCAUAAAUUGGCCUUUGCUGAAAAUGUGUGAAAUGAUAUGAGAGACCUAAAUUUUCUAACACUGAAUCCAGUGCUAACAAUUGGAAAGAAAAAUCAACAUAGUAACAAUAUAAAUUAAUACAAACCACAGCAUUAUUCAUUAAAGAAACUAUUUUUUCUUCUUUUUAAAAUACUUCUAAUUCCAUCCAAAAAUUAGACUACAGGCAGAACACACAUAUUUAAUCGCCUUGUUUCAGUCCUAGCAUUCUGUUAUAAUUAUAUUUCAAUUCUGUACAAUUUUAUAAUGAAAAUUCCAAUGCACGUAUGUCACACUAUAUUCUAAGAUCAACGGUGGUAUUGAAAACUUUACCACUAGGUUUUAGGAUAAAUUAAAAUGUGUUACUGAAACCGAUUCCAUUAUAAAUACAGGAAUUUAAAAUUAAAUAUCUAGCAGGAAAUAUGUGUGGCAAAAGAUCUUUAAUAUAUUUCAGAAAAAAAUGCUCUGAAAAAUUUCAAAGCUAUUUGCAAAAUAAAUAUCUACAUUGGAAAUAACAUUUACCUUUGUCAACCUUGUUGAGAAACUGCCAAGGAUAAUGAAACUUCAAAAUAAACCAUUAAAUUGGGAUUUAAUAGAAGCUAUCAGAUGCCAACUUCAUGCCACGCUGCUCGGAUACAUAGGAAGUCUGCACUAUUCCUUGGAGAGUGACAUUUAAUGGGGAGAAGCUGGGAAAAUAGGUUUGCAUUGGGCUAGAUAUCUAUUGCUCUACAAAACCCAUUAUAAUAGUACAGAAGACAACCUUUUAGGAAAAAAAUUACACUGCUUACCUUUAAAGUUUUGGUAAUCAAAUUUUCCAAGUCAAUUUUAAAGUUAAAUUUUUUUAUUGUUUUUUAAGAUAUUUAAGACUGGUUUACAUGAGUGAAAAUAACAUGGUAACAAAUGCACUUUUGAGAAGAACAGAGUAUUCAAAUAUUUGAAGCAAGUAGCAUUACUAAGAUAUGUCCCAGAGUGUUUAUAGCCAUAUUCAUAGCACAAUUAAAAUAGAUUGACAAACAGAAAAAUACUGUGAGAAUUUUCACUUACUGACUACUUCAAGAUAAACUGCCAAAUUCCAAGUUGUAAAUGUAAAUCUUUAAGAUGUUGUGAUUAUUGUGACAUCACAAGAAUUUAAUUAUCACAAACAUUUUAAAAUAACUGUCAUCAAUAUCUAUAUAGUGACUUCUAAAAGAUCAGUACCAACUCAGCAAUAUCUAAUGAGAAAUUUUGUGUUAAUAGUGAUAAAGACCAAUCAGAUUUUAUGAUAUCUUCAAUCAUACUGAAUGAGUGUGAAAAGUACAAAGAAAUUGGAUAAUUCAAGGAGGACCAACUAAGCUCUAAGAAUUAACAGUAAACUUAAUUUAACUCUUUAAACAACAUUUUCUUGUGGAAAAUGUGAACUUAGGAAAGUGCGACCAUAGGUUUCAGUAUUACAUGUCAUUCCCUUGCCAGUAAACUGAUUUGUCAGACGACUUCACACAUAUUUGAAAUAUGAAGUUUGAUAACUUUCAUCUAAAUCAAAGUAAUAGUAAGUACAAUACCUAUUUAUAUAAACUGCAUCAGAAUUUUUAUUUAAGGUUUUGGAGACUAUUCUUGCUAGGAGGCAAAU